AUGACAGAUAACUCACAAUUAGAACGGAAACCAUCACGGAGCAUCAAUGAUGCCAGAAUUGCUGGACUUUACGAUCUACAAAAAACCAUAGGCAAAGGUCAUUUCGCUGUAGUCAAAUCGGCGAGUCAUGUUUUUACGGGUGAAAAGGUAGCUGUGAAAGUGAUUGAUAAGACAAAAUUUGAUUCCUCAAUGGCAUCUCAUCUGAUAAAAGAGGUUCGUUGCAUGAAAUUGGUGCAACAUCCAAAUAUAGUUCGCUUAUAUGAAGUUAUAGACACGCAAACGAAGUUGUUUUUAAUUCUCGAAUUAGGAGAUUAUGAUAUGUAUGAUUUUAUUACGAAAAAUGCUGAUAAGGGUUGCCCAGAAAGCGAAGCACAACAAUAUUUUUGCCAAAUUAUUAAAGCAAUUGAUUAUUGUCAUCAGCUGCAUGUCGUUCAUCGAGAUCUAAAGCCUGAAAAUGUAGUGUUCUUCGAACGCCUGGGUAUGGUAAAAUUGACAGAUUUCGGGUUCAGCAAUAAAUUUAUUCCUGGCGAGCAACUUGAAACUGCGUGUGGUAGCUUAGCUUAUUCAGCUCCAGAAAUCUUGCUGGGGGAUGCUUAUGACGCUCCAGCCGUUGAUGUCUGGUCACUGGGAGUUAUUUUGUAUAUGCUGUUAUGUGGUCGACUGCCGUUCCAGGAGGCAAAUGACUCGGAGACUUUGACAAAAAUAUUAGAUUGUAAAUACUCUCUUCCAGAUACACUUUCGCUACAUGCUCGCUAUCUCAUAUCAAGAAUGUUAGUGAAAGAUGUCCAGAAGCGUGCAGCACUUAGCGAAAUUAUUAACAGUUCAUGGGUGAAAGCUGGAGAUCUUGGUCUUGCUCAGAUUUUACCCUUGGUUGGACGAGAAUUGCUUCCGGAAAGUGCACAUGCUACAAUCAUUGAACAAAUGGUAGCCGGCGGUGUUGAUACGGAAGAGAAUAUUCUUCGAUCGUUAGAAAGUGAUGAUUUUUCCUACGUUACUGCCACUUAUUAUUUACUUGCCGAACGAGUUCUAGCAUCUUAUCGUGAAGAACGCGCCAGAAAGGCACAUGAAGUUGAACGUCCGUCGUUAUGUGACUUGCCAUCUGACUUUAAAAAUUGUUCUGAAAUAAGAGAGACAAUUGGAAAAAGUGAAGAAGGGAAUGGUUAUAAAAGUAGAAGUCGAUCCAAUUCAUGGCGCAGUGGCACUUCUGUUUCUCGACGACCAUGUACAAUUUUGAAAGAAGAAAGUGAAGAAGAGUUAUCAACAUAUCAUUGCGGUACAUCGAGGCAGUCAUCAAGGCACUCAUCAUGCUCUGCGUCAAUAUUUCCUUCCAAUUCUAGUUCACAUGGACGAAUAUCACCCCAGGAUAUCCAGGGCUUAUUGGAAUUAUCACGUUUAAAUAUCGCAGAAGGUAAAAGGCGAACAGUUUCACCAGACAGUCAUCUGAGCAGUCGAAGCUCUAGCCCACCAAGUUCGAGUGGUCGUACAAGUCCUGCAAUUGGUCGACUGAAGGUUCCUUUUGCUGGAUCUAGUGGAUUGCGAAAGUUAGGUUCAUCGCCACACUUGCUUGGGAUUUGCGAGGAGACGGAAGAAUAUGAGUUCGACAAAGGUGCGGAACAACGUCAGACUAUAACUCGUCGUAGUAUUUCUGGUGCAUCGAUUAUGCCUCUGUCGGCAUCUCGACUUUUCGUUCAACCGAAGCUUGGUAAAGAAGAUUCUGUGGGUGCAACUCUUACAUACAGUAAUGUACGCAUGAUUAGGCAACGUCAAGCAAUAGUUUCACCAGAUAUGACUCAAAGCUGUUCAUCAAGCGAAACAUCGGAUGAUGACAGUGAGAGAAGAUUGAAUUUUCUGGCCUCCAAAUAUUGUUAUAAUUAUGGAAAUCGACGAGAUAACAACGAUGAUCCAUCAAACGAUGACGGAGGAGCAUCGAUUGGUCCAAGCAAUUCAGGAAAUGAACAAGACACUGGAAACACGAUAAAUACUUUUGACAAUAUUUCAUACGGUCAUGACUGUCAACAUUCUGGUAUGUUAGCUUAUAUCUCUAUAUUAACCAAUGAUUAUGGCAUAAACGAAUUUGCUAUGCAUUCAGCUUUAAACAGUCAUCUCGAUAUCGCAGUUGGUUGGGUCUAA